CGAAAUACGGAUUACUCCGUACCGGAUGGAGCUCAAGGCUCUCUACGGAUUAAUUCUCCCUGGCAUACGGAUUAGUGUACAUACAUCCGUAGACCGUUCGAAACAAGAACAUCCCAAAACCCACCACCGCACGCCACAACCCAAUCCACGCUGGCCACACUGUCCACCAUGGCCACAUCAACCAACGACCGCCAAUCUAAGCCGAAACCCAAAGGUAUCCUCAAGCAACCCUCUACCUUCCCGCAGCCACAACCGCAGCCAUCAUCAUCACCACCACCACCACCACCCCUUGCAGCGGAACUCACCCGCGCGGAGCGUCUCGCCCAGCAAGAGGCGGCCGCCCGCCUGCGGCUGCUCCAGAAGCUGCGCGAGACCGAGGUGAAGCCGGCGGUGCCGAUCGAGACGUUCGAGCUGCUCUCGCAGGAGUUCCCGCGGCACGCGGACCGCGCCGCCUCGUCGCCGCACCCGGACGACGUCGCCGAGCUCCUCCGCCUGCUCGCCGACUUCACCCCGCAGGAGUACCUCGACCUGAUCGAGGAGCGCAACUGUCUGGGCAAGUGCGGGUACGCCCUCUGCGCCCGCCCGCGGCGCACCCACGACGGGCCGUACAAGAUCAACACGCGCGUGGGCAGCGUGGCGCGCACCGAGGACCUGAACAAGUGGUGCUCCGACGCGUGCGCGAAGCGGGCGCUCUACAUAAAGGUGCAGCUCGACAACCCGAGCUAUGUGCGCAAUGACCAAGGGCGCUUGGUCGUGAAGCUCGACUUGAGGGACGAGGGUGCAGGCGGUGGUGGUAGUGGUGGUGGUAGUGGUGGUGGUGGUGGUGGUGGUGGUGGUGGUGGUGGUGGCAGUGGCCCUGGGAAGGGAAAGACAGGGACAGAGGGUGGGGUCCGAUCUUCUGCUGCUGCCUCCCCGAGGGGCAAGGAAGAGGAUCGCGAUCAGCUUGCCCAGGCUAUGGCGCAGCUGGAGAUAGAUAGGCACAAGCAAGCCAAGAAAGAUGCAACGACGCUUGCCGGCGAGAGAGGCGAUGCCACUGACGGAUUACUCGCCGGCAUGACCAGGGUCGACGUAACAAUCAGCGAGAGGGUCGUUGACGGGCCGCACGAGGCCCCUUCGUCGGUGGAAGGCACCGAGUCCAUGAUUGAGGGCUACAAGCCCAAGAAUGGCACUGACACUGGCAAGAAGCCAGAGGAGGGUGCCGACAGUGAUGACGACGAUGACUUUUUUACGGUUCGCUUCUAAAACUUGGGUCUCUACGAGUGGGUGGCGUUUGGCAAGAUAAAAAUUCAAAACUGGGAUACUCUCGGGAGGAAGCGGUCGUUUAAGCGGUCGUUUAACCCGACUGCCUCCCAGAUACGACUGGGAAAGUUUAUACUGGCGUUUGGCAAGGCGAAUUGCAUGGGUUGCAAUCGGUCUAGACUCGAAGCUCAGGGAUCGUAAUACAGAUCAGAUCUCACCUUUCAUCUCUCUUGUCUCGGAACUUGUCCGGGCCAAGGGCAGAAUCACUACCGAUUGAC